AUGGGCGAUGAUUCUUUAUUAUUACGGGAAGAUGGUUAUAUACGUAUGAAUUUUCCUGUGACUUCUUUAACGUAUCAUAGUAAUUUAAAUAUAAUUUUGGUGAAGACUGACGUUGGGAGUGUACACGUUUUGGAUGUGAAUUCUGGUGUGAUUCUUCAGUCAUCUUGCCUAUCAGCGGAUGAGAGCGGCGCACUUGGUGUUGAGUAUGCUUCGGGUGCCGACCGUGUGUUCUUAUGGGACGGCAGUGGUAUUGGCGCUCGGACAGACUACAAUGGGGUACUGUUGCUGCAUACUGCACUACAGCGCCCAUUGCCAUCCACUCAACCGGAUAAUAUUAUAAAGAUAGAACUUGUCUUGUCUGAGGCGGUGAUUCUGUACCAGUGCAUGCAGAGUCUGGAUGUACACUCAAUUGAGGGGCUCCCGGACUUUAUAAACGCGCUAAAAAGUGCCAUUGAUGCAGAACCAGUUCGGAAAGGCGUCAAAGCUCAAAAAUGGAGCACAGUGACUAUCUCAUUGCCACAAUCCACCUUCCGGCUUGUGACGUCUGGUGUGGUACAGGAGCUCAAAGAGCAAAAUAGGAGGAUUCCUGCACUUGCCAUCGCUUCGGCGGUGGGGCAACGCGCCAAUGAACUGAUGCCAUGUUCUCGGGAUGAGGAGUCGAGGGCGCUCAUGUAUUCAGAAGCUGAGAGGAAGGAAACAUUUAAGCGAUGGCCACAUAUGGAUUAUAAAUGGGCACUGCCAGCACGCAUGGCGCAGGCGGGCUUCUACCAUCAGCCGUCGCCGAGCGGUGACGACCGUGCUAUGUGCUUUACGUGCAUGGUGUGCCUCGUGUGCUGGGAGAAGUCCGACGAGCCGUGGGUCGAACACGAGCGGCAUUCACCCAGCUGUCCCUUCGUGCGCGGCGAGUACACACACAACGUGCCCAUUUCUGUAACCAAUGCUACCGCGUGCGCCGUGCCCUGUCCGAACAUAACAGUGGUAUCUAAGGGCAACACAGGUGAUCUGAUCGCUACCGGCACUGCCGAGAGCAAAGUCAACGUAUGGCGAUUUGACUGCGGACUCAAGCUCGUUAAGUUCAUUCACCUGUCUGCCUACGAUUCCAUCUUUAGCGGGAUACUUGCUACUGACUCUAACAGAGUCUGGUCGGCAAGCUUAGAGAAAGACACUUCCACCUAUGGCAUCGAACUCACAGCGAUGGCGUUCGUUGGUAUGACUUCAAAACAGGAAAGUUACCCACAAACACAAAACAGCGAAAACAACGAGAAAGAAACGAGUAAUAGCAAAACGAAACCCUCUCUCGUAUGCGGCGUCAUCGUCACAAGGACUAAUUUGGCUCAGUCUGAUCAACCUAUCAAAGAGGACACGAGUAAAGCAUUGUUCAAUUCAGGUGAAACAGACAAGUCUAAGGAAAGUAUUAAAGCCAUGAACGAUCAAAACGAAGCGAAGAACAAUCAGGAUUCCACGGAUAAAAUGUUGUUUUUGCUAACCUACGACAUAUACAGUUCUCUCGCUGGUUCUAUAACUACAGUAGUGCACACAUCUAACAGCAGCGGCAAUUCAAAACCCGGUGGCAGCAAGAAAGUGUGUCCUGUGGCUAGAACUGACGAUGCGAAUAUUUACGACGAAAUUUAUUUUCAGUACUCUGAUGAGGAUACUGAGCUUCCACAAUGCACAAACAGUUUGAUAGAUGAGCAAAUUAGUAAUGUUAUUAACUUAAAUGCAUCAUCAAGUAAAGAAGAUUCUAAGUUUUGGGAACCGAAAAAGAUUAUUUUCGCAAAACAUUUCAAAGUACUCCCCCCAUCACCGCCCCCUGUGCUGUUACCCGAAUUACCGGUAUAUAUACAAAAAUCAAUGCUUGACUUCGUCGGAAAUGUUCCACAGCUCAAGAGUUGGAAGAGUGGCAACUUGGAGUCCGUUGGCACAAAACCCGUUGAUCAGACUGAUGCUGCUCAAGUCGACCCCACUAUUACACCAACCAUCACCCAUUAUUUCAACAUGAAUGGGCCUUUAGAAAUAUCCGAUUUGAAAUGGUAUGAAGAUGGAGAUGGAACAGAAAAAGUUAAAGUAGCUCCAUCCACUGCAAGUAAAGUUGGAACUCAAACAGCAGUAAGUAACAGCAACAACGAUGGAUUUGAUAGUGAUCCACCACAAGAGGAAGUGGUAUCCCAGGGUGUAGCUGUUCAGUGCCUUAGUCUUCCAACCACAUUAAACCUCAAAGAUGAUUCUAGAGUAACACACUUACUACCAACAGAAGAUAAGGAACAUUUGUUGGUAGUCAUAUCGUGUAUUGAUCUAAGCAAACUUAAAAUCGAAGAAGAAACAGAGGCAGAUGGAGAAACAAAGAUGGAUGUUGACGAGAUCUGUGAAACUGAUAAGACUGAGAAACCUGACACAAAAGCUUAUUUCAUACUGUACAAAAUCAAUAGCAAAAGUUCUGUUUACACUUUGGAAGAUAAUCCUGUUUCUGUUAAGGAAUUGCCUUAUAAUGAGAGUCCUGUAGAUUUAUGCCUACUACCAGCUGACAAGCACGAUCGUUAUUCGUUCGCGGCUGUUGGGGCUGAUGGAAGCUUAAGGCUCUAUACAUUGCCCGAUUUUAAAAUACUAUCAGAGAAGCGAGUACCCAAAGGUCAGUUCACAUCCGUUGUGUACUGCGCGUCCGUCGAACGGCUCAGUGUGUCUACAAAACAUGGAAUGAUUUAUUUCUAUGCAUUGAACGAUGGUGACAAAGAUUCAACUGAGGAUGUCAACGAGGAUAAGUUUUCUAAUUUAUAUUAUGACAUGCUAUGGUAUGAAACAUCAGGACCAACCACCGCACCUAUUAUCAUUGCUAACAAGACUGAUUUGAACCUAGCUGAUUUAGAAACUUUAAUUUCAUUAACUGGCUUAUAUGGCAUGAACACUACCGUGCCAUACAGCACUGUAGUCCCAGGUUUUUGGUGCGAAUUGUCACCAGCUCAAAGGUCCAGAUCUGACCAACAGAACAACAGAUCAUGGAGACUUCAAAACACGUCUUCAACAUGGGACGAGCAUGUUUUAGAAUUGACAAUGCCAUAUAGUGUUUCGCUUGCACACAUAGAAUUUGGCUUUACAUUGCACUCAGCAUGCACGCUGAACUUACCUGUGAUUCAGGUCACGCUUUUAAAACAAAAUUUGCACGGACUUGGAUACAAGAAGGAUGCGUCAUUCUGUCAGAGAUCGGAUUCUCCGAUACAGUUCCCAGUUAUUGACGCAGAUUUGCCUUAUAUUGAAAAUCCUGUUAAUAGUGAGGAAUACCUUCAGGCGCACAAUGCAGAAAUACUUGCCGGUCCACUUUUGCUUUCUUCAGGACUUGACCAAACACGGCAAUCUGGCACUUUGAUUUUGACAAGUCCACGCUUAUUUCGAGCAAGGGGCAGAACAUUCCUUAUCCACAUAAAAACACUGUUUGAUCCGGCUAAAGACAUGACAAAAGGAUCAAAUAGAACCACUGAAAGUUCUAAGAAGUCUGGUUUUAUUGGCUGCGAUUGGUUGCAUCAGAUAUCGAUUACUGUGCGGUCAAGUCCUCAUACUGAAGUACCGAUGGAGCGGCAGCAACGUAUAGCGAUGCUUGAGUCUAAUAGCUUCUUGAACACUCUUUGUGAAAUUGCCACCAGUAAAGGAGGAAAUGAAGAAAAGAAGUUAGCAUUGGACUUACUCAACUGGGUACUAUCAAUACGGCUCCAGAGAAUGCGUUUGGCAAAAGCUGAUAAGAGUAAAGAUAAAGAUGAGGAAAGCCCAGUUGAGACGCAGCAGUUGGAAUGUAUUAAUGUUAUAGAGAAACACAUUGAUGCUCUUGUGAAGAACUGUAUCUUAUGUGCGAAUAGGAGCAUUGCAAAGAAGUGCAUCAAAAUUAUUCUUAUUACUACCGAAGGAUUAAGGCAUCUCCAGAAACCAUGGAAGACAACGUUCGAUCAGAGCCUAUCAAGCAGCGUGGUGACGUGGUUGCCGUACGUUGGUGCGUGCGAGUCCGCGGGCGCGCUUAAGUGGCUGACAGCACUGGCGCAGCGUGCCGUGCCGUACUACGUCGCGCCGCGCCUCGUCGCCACCUGCUUCGCGCUGCUGGAAAACACCGCGCGCUGCUUACACGAACGAACCAACGUGUACCACCAGUUGCUGCAGGCCAGGUUCGGCUUACACGGCUUACCGUUAGAACGUACGAUCUUUACGACGGAGGCACCGGAGCUAGGUCGCGGCUCAUCUACGCCCGCUACAUACACAAGCGUUGUUGAUGAUGCCAACAACACUCCUACCAUUAAACCAGAUUACCAACUCAAAGACCUGCUGAAUAUACCACUUGAUAUGGAUUGCAAGACCGGGAAUUUGUGGAGCGGCGCGUGGUGGGCGGGCGGCGGGGCGGCCGGCGCGGCGUACGCGGCUUCAGGCGGGCUGCCCCUGCACGUGAGCUGCUACGUGGCGUCCGACGGCACCAAGCUCGAGUCGGCCGCCGCGCGCCUGCAGCCCGCCGUCGUCAGCGCGCUGCCCGCCGACACGCACCAGCUUUGGACAGCAGUUGAAGAGGGUCAAACCAAGCAACCAUCUCAAGCCCCUGAGUCUUUUGACGAUAUUGAGAUAUCAAUGAUGGAGUGUGAUUCACAAGAAAAACCCGAAUUUACAGAGGACAAAAUCUUUAAGGAUCAAGAUCAAUGUGGCAUUCCGUGGGCGUCGCUAGUUACCAAGCCACCUCAGCACACACUGGUAGUGGAGCGGAUGCACUCGGGAGCAAGGCGAUAUAUUGUUUUGGACUUUGGACACACCGUUCGUCUUACCGAUGUUAUAAUCCCGUCGUGCUCGGAUCUGGUUACGCUGUGCAUCGACAUCUGGGUAGUGGGCGAGGAGACUGACUGCAUCAAACUGGCUUUCGCUACUGACAUCGCUUCUAAGCAUCUUGUCCUCACUGACAUACAGCCGCCGCCGCUCUGCCGAUACAUGAAGAUUACUACAAUUGGUCGAUAUGGCAUGUCAGCAAUGAAGUGUAAGAUCCCACUAGGCUGGUUUUAUGGUGAGAUUGCUGAAAUUGCUAAUGUGCAGGCGUCUAUCAACGCACUAAAUGCACUGCAAGAGGACCUUAGCUGCAGAUUAAGGUUAGCAACAGGAAAGCUUAUGGACCUUUUGAACCCAUAUCUGGACCUGUACAAUGGAAAUGCAGCUCAUAUGAUGGCCUAUUUCAACUUAGCCAAUGAGGCAGACCCUAAAGUGAUUACUGCAUACCAGGAGUGCAUAGAUUUGCAGCAACAGUUGCACAAUUGCAAUAAUAUAUUGAAGAAGCUUCAAAAUAGCUCUGACUGCAAUGAUCGAGCAGUAGAGGCGAUAACUAAGGGUCUCGUGACAUCAGAAUCUCUGCUUGAGAGAGCCUCGACUGAUAAGCUGCGAGUUAUUGGAGAGAAUAUAGUUGACAUGCUUCUGCACUUCGUGUUCUCGAUGGAAGAUGAGCGAAUACCGGAGGUGUCGCGCUCGUGGUGCAGUGCGGUGUUGCGGCUGGUGUGGGCGAGCGGCGCGCGCAGUGCAGCGGCGCUGGGCGCGCUGCUGGCGCGCGUGUGCGGCGCCGCGCGCUGGUGGGGCGACUGCCUCGCCGACGCGCUCGCCGACGCCUUCUCCGAUCACGACGCGCCGCCGCUCGCCAUCGACAGAUGCCUCGUGGUAGUGAUGUACAUGUGCCGCAGGAGCAUGUACGCGCACGUGCAUACUGGAGGCUUGGGCGUAGCGGGUGCGUUAGCCACGCGAGUCCUGUCGCUACUUGAGAGCUCCGAGCCUCAGCCUGCGUUGUUAACUGCGCUGCUCACGGCUCUGGCUUCUGUGCUUGAUGCUGCACAGCCUCCACCGCCCCCACUUCAACACCAUGCCACAGCAGGUGCACAGAGACAUAAGAGAUGGGAGUGGGUGACGGGCGGCGUGGUGGGCGCGGGCGGGAGCGCGGGUGGCGGGGCAGGCGGCGAGUCGGGCGAGGCUCGCGCCGACUGCAAACUGCCGCGCCGCAAGCUGCACAAGAAGCUGCUGCACCAGAUGCACGAGAUCGAGGCCGCGCGUCGCGGCGUGCAGCUCGCCUUCGAGGAGCAGCAACGCGCUCGUCUCAACCUAAAAACACGGAUGGCAAUGUUCGGCAAACGAGGUAGUGGCAACAGCAGCAGUAAAACCGAGGAAGCAGAGCGAGCGUCGCACCUGCUGAGCCCGACUCUAGCUGUCCAACUGGCACAGGCCUUGGUGGCACACAUUCUGUCCAUGGACAGCACAAUUGCUGGGGAGUCACUGCUGCUUUGUUCUAAAGUUGUUGGGCGACUGUGCUCUGCAAGCGGGGGUGCCUCGUUGUUGGAUCCUGCUAGUGUGCUUGGGUUGGCGCGUCUCGCAGUCACACUGCCUCCCUGGCCUCGGCACGCGGUGACCACGUUGCUGCAGGAUUUGGUUGAAUACGAGAACCCCGAGGGAUCAUCCAGUCCCCACAGCGAGGAGUGCUGGGCAGCUGCCGGCACGUCGCGCGCGCCGCGCCUGGCGCAGGACGACUCCAGCAUCGGCCGCCCGCCGCGCAAGUCCAAGGGCCAAACUGUCGCAGAUACAAUCAAGGACAUGGAGUAUCAAUUAAAUCAAGUUGUGGAGUCGGAUGAUUCAGAAAGUGAAGAGAAGCCUGAUUUAGAUUUUCUGGAUGCGAUCAAGAAGGAUAACAAAACGAAACCCACAGUACACAACUACAAUGCAAGCAACAUAUCGUGCUGCGUGGACGCGCGGCUGGAGAGCGGCGCGGCGGCGACGAGUGAGGCGCUGGCGCGGCGCCUGCUGGCCACCACGGCCAGCACGCUGUACGAGGUGCUGAGCGCCCCGCCGCCCGUGCCGCCGCCUGCUUCGCCGCUCGCCCCGCCGCUCGCGCCCGCCCCCGCACCGCCGCGCGCACACCCGCCUCUCGCGCACACGCUCUACGACGUGUUCAGGCAUCUCGCGCUUGAGUUCCCUAAUCAGCGAGACUGCAGCCUAAUGGAGAACGUAGUGUCGCUGUGGCUAACGCUGAACGGGUCAGCGUGGGGUGGCGGCAGCAGCGGUACAUGGUCGCUGGCCGCGCUCGCCGUACCUGCCGACGCGCCGCGCGUGCGCCUCGCGCCUGACACCGUUACCGCGCUGCUGCAACAGCUCUGCACAUUAGAAAAUGUUUCUCUAAGAUGCUGGGUGUUAUCGAUGCAAGCAUUAGCGUGGAUUGCAGGCUUACCACUCCAUACGGAGGGCAGUGUACAAACGAUUGGGCGAGUGAUACUUGAAUGUGAACAUUUUGUGCCCGCUCUCGUAAAAUUCAUCUCGAUGGAUGUUAGCGCAGAUGGCGCUGUUUACUCGUCGGAACCAUAUCUUGGUGGGGCAAGCGCGGGCGCGGGUCUGGGCGCGGCGGGCGCACUGGCGGCCGUGCUGUCGCGUGUGGUGAAAGCGCGCGGCGGCGCGGGUGCGCUGGUGGCGCUGCGCACGCUGGCUGCGUUGUGGACGCAGCGGCCGCCGCCUAGCGCGCACCACGCGCUUGACCUGCACGCCGCGCUGCUGCGCGCCGCACACGCGCUGCUGCCCGCGCUGCCGCCUGCGCACCUGCACCACGCGCUGCCGCUGCUGCGCGCCAUAGCGGCGCAAAGCUCGAGCUGGGUGCAGGAAUCGGGUGGAGCGGUGGGCGCGGUGGGCGCAGGCGUGGGCGCGGGCGGUUCCGUGGGCGCGCGUGGCGAGGGUGGCGCGGAGGCGCGGCUGUCGGGGCUGCUGGCUGACGUGCUGGCAGGCGGUGGGGCGCCCGCGCGCCGCGUGCCGCCGCGCCGCGCCGUGCUGGCUCACCUGUUGCAGCUGGCGCGCCGCCUGCUCGCCGCGCACCUGCCCGCCGACGACGCGCGCGCCAUGACGACGACAAGCAGCAACAGCGGUGGCGAGCAGUCGCAGACGGACGAGAGCAAGGCGCUGGGCGCGGCCGACGACGGCACCAACACCAACACCAACCUGGAGGACGAGCGCAAGCACGCGCCGCGCGCACCCUGCCUCGCCGACACAGUAUUACAAGAUUCAGACAUCAUGCAAAACUUCUACACAGCCUUGUCCAUGUGCGAUGGAUUGAAUACUAUGGUACUGAAUUCAGGCAUGAACUCUGAAUCAUCCACAGAAUAUUCCUCUUUGAAAGAAGAGGUAUUUUGGCUGGUGGCACAUUUGCCGGCUGUUGCCUCCAAUCCAGCACUCAUGGUGCCCAGCCUCAUGGAAUUCCUCAGAAAAAAGGAGAUGAUACAUCUUUCUCAAGCAAUGCAGCAGCUAAUUGUAAGGCUGCUGGAAAAGUCGGAGGCACUCUCUGCGUUCAUUGAAGCUGGUGGUCUCGAGCUGGCUGUCGAAAAACUUACUGCUUGCCACGAAUCUGGUCCCAGCAACAGCCAGGGUCUGGUUUCGUCGCUGAUGAACCACCUAAAGGUGCCACCGCAGCUCAUCAAUAUGUCGACGCCCGCCGGCUCCAGCAAAAAAACGCAGCCGCCAGUAACAGAAACAGCCAAUGGGCUUGUUAACAUUGCCCCGUUUUGCACGGUGUCGUGCGACAACCCGACGGCGCAGGCGGCGGACGUGCUGCUGGACGGCGGCGGAAGUGGUGGCGCAUGCGCGGCGCGGCGCGUUCGCGCGGCCGCUUGGUCUUACCACUUCUUCAGCGCGGACGACGCCUCGCUCGCACUCACACUCACGCUGCCCUACGCCGCGCUGCUGCACGAGGUGCACCUGCAGCCGCACCUCACCAGCCUCGCCACAUGCCCGGGCGCGGUGUGCGUGGAAACGGGAAGCGCGGGCCCGCUGGCGCCGCUGGGCCCGCCGCAGGCUACGGCCGGCAUGACGUUCAUCCGGCUGGUGCUGGCGCGCCCGGUGGUGGCCAGCACCGUGCAGCUGCGGCUCUACAAGCCGCGCGACAGCUCCUACAUGGGCCUGCUGCAGCUGCGCCUCAUCGUCGCGCCCGCCUUCGCUGCGCCCGCGCACCUCGCGCGCAACGGCAUCACCAACGAGUGGGCCAGCGUGGUGGCGGAGUGCACGCGCGCGCGGCUGGAGAGCGCGCGCUGGGCGCGGGCGGGGCGCGCGGCGGCCGUGCGCGCGCUUUGCGGCGCCGUGCUGGCGCCGGCGACCGGCCGCGCGCGCGCGCACGCGCACCACGCGCUGCUGGCGGCCGCGCGCGCCUGUCCCGACCUGCGCGCGCCGCUGCUGAACGCGCUGCUCGCCGCGGACCACCACGCCUACGCAUACGGUACCACACACAACUUCACCUUUACUAAAUCUAUUUAUUAA